AUGUCAUCAGAUCCACAUAGGUACUCCAGUAGCUAUUCCAGCAGACAUGAUGAUACUAACAGGACACCAUCAUCUCAGCAAUACCAAAGUCGAAGUGGUCCAUCAAGUUACGACAGAAGAAAUGACAACCGCCAAUCCAGGGGCCCAUCAAACUCUUAUGAAUCUCGUGGGGGUCGUGGUGGUGAAAGUAUGAGAGGACCACCACAAGGUGGAUAUAACAGUCCACAAGACUAUAGAGAUAGAGGAAGAGAAAGAGUAGCCCCUAGAGGAGACCCAAGAGAAAGUAGCAGAUCUGAUCAUUAUGAUCCAGGUGUUGCAAGAGGUGGUUCCAAUGCUCCAUAUGAUCCCAACAGCAACAGUAAUGGUUUUAGAAGCAGUGGAAGAGGCGGUUCUGGUCCUGGUUCACGUGGAAGGGGAGGAAGUGGUCCAGGUGGCCGUGGAGGAAGAGGUGGUGGUCCUUCAAGCAGAGGCGGAAGAGGAGGUUUUUCUAGUGGCAGAGGAGGUAGAGGAGGUAGAGGUGGAGGAGCUCCAGGAAGAGGAAUGAAACGACCAAACGAUGGUGGAGAUUCUCAUUUUUCUAAACAACAAAGAUUUAAUCCAAACCAAUCGUCGUUAGAUAGAUCUAGAGGUUAUGAAAAUGGUUAUGAUGCAACACCAGUCGGUGGAUCAAGUUACAAUACUCCACAAAGACGAGCAAAUGUGCCGCUGCAACCAAAUUAUAUGUCAAAACAAGGUCCAAAUUUUGAAGCCGAAUCAAAGUUGCAUAAAGUUCUUUCUACUCAUCAUCCAGAAGAAAUGCUGAUGCAGGAAAUCGUAGAAGAUAUAAAACAUUUGGAGGAAGUAUUAAAAUUAUAUGACAAUGUUGAGACCAUUGAAGAAGUCAAAAUUCUUGAUUCAAAGUGGAACAGAACUCCUCCUGGAUUUGAAACUUUAUCAGCUGCUCGUGCUAAGUUAUCAGGUUUGUUCCCAUUGCCUGGUUAUCCACGUCCCGUAGACCUUACCAAGCUAGAAGGGGAACUUAAAGAUAGAAUAAACAAUUCUGAUGAAUUAUUAACUGAAGUUUCAAAGAUCGAUCCAAUUGAUUCAGUAGCUGCAAGAACCUUAAUCUUCAAGAAUGAUUUUAAUGAAAUCAGUUACUUGAAGCUUGCCAACUUUUGCAACAAUUAUUUGAAAACAGUUGAUUUUGAUGAUGGUUCUGAUAAUUAUGUUAUUCUGCAGAAGAAGAUCAGAGAUAUUAAUUUCAUGUCUAUUUUGUUUAAAACAGCAGAAUGUGCCACCAUAAUCUAUUCACUAAAUGAUUAUGGUGUAUUUUUCAAUUCCCAUAAGGAAGAUAAAGCACCGGCAAAGGGACUACAUGAUAAAUUCAAAUUGAUAAUUUCACGACCAAAUGAGUACAUUGUUCAAGACAUACCUUCAGAGUCAAAUGCCGAUACUGUUGAAAGUGUAGUCAAAGACAGCCCAAGAAAGAUUUCUUUAUUUGUAAACAAGUCUCAAAGUCCUGAACAAAUACAAGAAGAAUUAAGUAGACACAUUGGCCCAAUGAAAGCUUUUCAAUGUCUUCGAGAAAGAGCUUCAAGAGAUCUCAGUGGGUUGGCUUUUGUUGAAUUUAAGAACACUCCAGAUGAUGUGAUAAAUAAAUUGAAGGAAUUGCCAUUUAUUGAACGUGCGUUCCAUUCAUGUGUUUUACCUCACAGAGAGAAUGUGCAGACAAUACCAUCAGAUUUUCAUAAUAUUAAGAAAUUGGUUAAAAACGAAGGUGCUACAGCUCAUGCUCCGCUGAAGGUAAUAAGACUUUUAAAUGCAGUUACCGAAAGAGAAUUACUGGAUGUUGAGACCUAUAAGUUCACAAAGAAUGAUAUUUACAGAGAAGCAUCAAAAUAUGGUGUUGUCGAACAAGUUGUCAUUCCAAGACCAAUUCGUGGCCGUACUCCAGGAAUUUUGAAGUUGAAUAGAUCACCAGGUAUGGGCAGUGUAUUUAUUGAGUACAAAGAUGAAAAAACUGCUUUAACUGCGAUGAUGGAGUUGUCUGGAAGAACCUACAAUGAUCGUACAGUUUUGGCAACUUUCUUUGAUUACGAUGAUUAUCUUUUGGAAUUGCUUUAG